ACCAGAAGCUGAUGUGCACAUCAGGGGGGGCUCCACUUCAAACAUCUUGCAGACCAAAGCUGUGCUGCAUGACUUCUCUGCAACACUCAGCUGCAAUGAUCCCAUUCGACAGAGUCGAGAAGAAGGUUACAGGUGGGGCGUGGUGUGAUAUCAAACCGAAUCAUCUCCUACAAACACCACAGAGACGUGUUCAGCAGCCAUCAGCGUCUGCGCGACUAAAAUGGACCAAAAGUGGAUUCAGUCACUCUUGAUUCUGGUGUUUUGUCAACAAAUGGUUUCACUUUCUGAUGAAGCGAAAACGAUAAAAGAAGGUCAGUCGGCUGAUGUACGCUGCUCUCCUGGCACACAAGGUGCUGUGGUGAUAUGGUUUCGAGUACUGGACGUGUCUGGUAUGCAGUACAUUGGCUCUUUCACCCACACAGGCUUCAUGAAACAAAUGGCACCAUCCCUCGAGUCCGUCUUUAAAUAUGACAGGGUGAGAGAAAAUAUUUUAACAGUGAAUUCCUUCAACAAAACCCGUGACAGUGGCUUAUACUGCUGUGCAUCGGUAGUUCGAAAUAUCGAGCUCAGGUUUGGUCCAAUAACCCGACUUGUUCCAGAAAAAGUAAAAGCUACAAGACACACGCCGACAGCCGUUACCAAAUUAAAUCUACUGACAACCAGAGCAGCGUGCAGCUGUGAGGACGACAAAACCACUGGAGCGGAGUGCAGUCUGGUUGUUCUGGGCCCGCUGGCUGGAGGCUGCGGCCUUCUACUUCUCAUCCUCAUCAUCACCAUCAUGUACUGCAACCGAAUAAGGACACGGAGAUGUCCACACCACUACAAAAGAAAGCCACGGCCAAAUGUUCCGGCAAAAUAACCGACACAUUUAAAUGCUGCCGUUUCGACAGUGUUUUCUAAAUACAAAAGUCCAGUCAAAUCUGAGAAUAAUUUGCUUCUGUUUUUAUUUUUUAAAUUGUACAACAGAAAGCUUGGUUUAAUGAUUCAGUGCAAACUGUUCAUGUUUUAUAGCCACAUACUGUUUCGUGGCUGACAAUUUGAUGUUUUUGUGUUCAGUACAGACUCUUACAGUUUGAUAAUAUGCAUAUUUAAAUAAAGGAUUUUUAAACCUGUACGAAUAUUAAAAUCAACUUUCUGUAAUAAUUUCCAGAGUGAAAUUGAACUAAAUAUUUGUGCAUAUGUAAUUUCACAUCAUAUUUAUGUAAAUAACUUGCAUUUUUAUACGUACAAUGUGCAUGUCACUUAAAAUUCUGGAUACUGUUUAUUUGUUGUUCUUUCAUUUUGUAAUCCUCCC